GCCAGCAUCCAAACAACAAAACAAUCCACUGUAUAGACCUAGAAAAUCGGACACAUCACCGAGAACGAGAUCUUGCUGACGUGCGACCAGAUGCAGAGCCCCGCCUUCGCGUACCGGGAAGCAGAUCACUCGCCGCGCGCCAUGUACAUGCGCGACUGGCGGUCGGCCUUGCGGACACCCACUUACCGAAUUGGGAAUCGGACGGUGCGCUUCAAUUAUCACUUUGCCCUGCUCAUCGCCUGUGCACUAGGCUUGGGCCUCCUCUUCUACUUUGCGCGUCAGGGAUCGCGUUCUUCGUCCGAAGGCUACUGGCUCCGCCGGAGUUUUACGUCUGUCCGCAGUUUAGACAAUGGAGCGGUUACCCAUGUCUACAAUGCCACAUAUCCGCUUACGCCGCCGAUGGUGCUGCGUGGCGGGGUGAUUAACUACCGGAUAGCUAUGAUAGCGGACUUGGACACCAAUUCUAAGUUUUCCAAAAGCGACGGAAGCACCACGUGGCGGAGCUACUUGAAGAAGGGCUACCUCACCUAUACGAUGGCCAGGGCUGAGAUCCAGAUCAACUGGGACGAUGGUGCACCUACUUCACUGGAAUCAGCAUUUGCCCUUAAAGGACGCGGAAUGGAGCUUUCGGAACUGGUCACAUUCAACGGACGCCUCCUAAGCUUCGACGAUCGGACGGGGUUGAUAUACGAGAUAGUGAAUGACAAGCCCAUUCCCUGGGUGAUCCUACUCGAUGGCGACGGUCAUAGUGCCAAAGGCUUUAAAUCCGAGUGGGCCACAGUGAAGCAGCAAACGCUGUAUGUCGGUUCCAUGGGCAAGGAAUGGACGACAAGUGCAGGCGACUUCGAAAACAACAAUCCUAUGUACGUUAAGGCAAUCAGUCCAUCGGGCGAGGUGCGGUCACUGAACUGGGUGGACAACUUCAAGCAGCUACGACUUCAGUCGCAGCAGAUAUCCUGGCCGGGCUACAUGAUUCACGAGAGCGGUACGUGGUCUGAAGAACGGCAACGGUGGUUCUUCUUGCCUAGGCGAUGCUCUAAAGAGAAAUACAACGAAACCAAGGACGAGUACAUGGGCUGCAAUGUCUUGGUCUCUGCCGACGAAAGCUUCAUUAACAUCGAAACCGUACGCCUCGAUCCUGAGAGAACAACGCCCACACAUGGCUUUUCAAGCUUUAAGUUCCUGCCCGGCACCGAUGAUACGAUAAUCGUCGCCCUUAAGUCGGAGGAGUUGAAUGGCAAGACGUCCACCUUUAUCACAGCAUUUGACAUUACGGGCAAGACUUUGCUGCCCGAGAUGCGGAUCGAGACAGAUUACAAGUAUGAGGGAUUCGAGUUUAUUUAGUUUGGCAUUCCUCGCCACAAACUCCACUCCACAGCGACCCAGGUGCUUCAGUUUUAAGCGUGUACAUAAUGUAUUAUUGUCCCAUAUGGUAAGCUUUAUAUAUAUAUAGUCAGCUAGGUUAGUCCAGAGAUGCUCAUCUGCCUCGUGACCCGUGACUCCUUGUCUUGUCUUGUACCAUAGCACAAAUCAAAUUUUAGUUUAUUAUUGAAAUUUAAAUAUAAAACGUACAAAGCCGGCGGCAAACUCA